AUCCCAGUGUGUGCGCGCGCUUCCUGCGAAUGCCUUGAUGAAUAUGACGUGCGCCGCUCACGUUUGAGGAGAACCCCAAGACUUCAGCUUCACUACUGUAGUCCACACAAAGGACGCGCUCGUGCCUUUAUGACGCGUCGAUCCGGAUUCCAGAAUGACACUGUAGAACGCGUCUCGAUUCGAAUUCAGCUGGGACGCGGCGGUUCGCGAAUCCUCUCUGCGUUCUAAGAGCAAUGGAUGCGGGAAUGUGCGUUUCCUGCAGGCGGAUAUAAGUUUUGCAUGAUUUAUUACUCGAUCUUCAUUUCUACAUUACGUCAGGGGGGAAUAAACGGACUGAUUAAACAGAAGCACGGGCCCGGGGCAACAAUCGUUUGCAGUCACCGAGAAGAGGAACAUCGAUAUCAUUCGUGCAAACGUCUUCGUGACUGUCCAUUUAAUUCUAUAGCUGUCUGAUUACUAGCCGUGCUCCCGAAGCCUCUGUUUUCACAAUGCAGUUUAGGACAGUUUUGGAUGUAAAAGUGGUGGAUGUGGAGAAGAGGAGGAAUCCAUCCAAACAUUACGUGUAUCUCAUCAAUGUCACAUACUCUGACUCCACAUCUCACAUCAUCUACAGAAGAUACAGUAAAUUCUUUGACCUUCAGAUGCAGAUUCUCGACAAGUUCCCAAUCGAGGGAGGGCAGAAAGAUCCCAAAAAAAGGAUUAUCCCUUUUCUUCCAGGCAAAAUCCUAUUCCGACGGAGUCAUGUGAGAGACGUGGCCAUGAAGAGACUACGCUUUAUUGACGACUAUUGCAGAGCGCUGGUUCGGCUUCCUCCCCAGAUCUCACAGAGUGAGGAAGUUCUCCGCUUCUUCGAGACCAAACCAGAUGAUAUCAACCCUCCCGUAGAGGAUUAUGGAUCCAAACGCAAGUCAGUUUGGAUGUAUGGCCUUCAGGACAGUCCAACCAAGUCUGAGGCCUCAGGACUGGACAGCAGUGAGCCCAUGGUGCUGGAGCAGUACGUGGUGGUGGCCAACUACGAGCGGCAGGAGAACUCGGAGAUCAGCCUGAAGGCUGGAGAGACGGUGGACGUAAUCGAGAAGAGCGAAAGCGGCUGGUGGUUUGUAAGCACAGCUGAAGAACAAGGCUGGGUUCCUGCCACGUACCUGGACUCUCAGAGCGGCACCAGAGAUGAUCUGGACUUGGGAACAUCUAGAUCUGGAGAAGUCACUAAGAGACGUAAGGCUCACCUGAAGAGGCUCGACCGGAGAUGGACGCUAGGGGGAAUAGUCAACCGCCAACAGAGUCGAGAGGAGAAAUAUGUCACUGUCCAGGCGUAUAACAGUCAGGGAAAAGAUGAGAUCGGGUUCGAGAAAGGAGUUACCGUGGAGGUCAUCCAGAAGAACCUGGAGGGAUGGUGGUACAUCAGGUAUCAGGGUAAAGAGGGCUGGGCCCCAGCCUCAUACCUGAAGAAACUGAAAGAUGACCUUUCCCCAAGGAAGAAGACGCUGACAGGCCCUGUGGAGAUCAUCGGAAACAUAAUGGAGAUCAGUAACCUCCUCAACAAGAAAGCUGUAAGCGAGAAGGACAUUCAAACUGACGGAGAGGCCACCAGCCCUGAGCGCCACAUCUCCAAAAGUGAAAUCAGUUUACCUAUCACACAUGCCCUAGAGGCUGGAGUGGCACCUACAGUGGUCACUGGUUUGGGAAUGAACUCUGGAUCUAGUGCUGCCCUACAAGAGAACAAGAGCAGGGCAGAGCCGGGGUCACCUGCUAUAGCCCGGGUGGCACCCCACAGAGUUGAGAUAGGAUUUGAUGCCAUAGGAUCUCCAAACCUCAGGCAGAAACCUCCUCCUCGAAGAGAUACAAAUCUGGCAUUCCAGUUACCCAAACCUCCAGAAGCCCCUACUGUGGAAGCGGAGUACUACACCAUAGCAGAGUUUCAGUCCAGUAUCUCAGAUGGCAUCAGCUUCCGUGGAGGACAAAAGGCUGAUGUCAUAGAGAAGAAUUCUAGUGGUUGGUGGUAUGUCCAGAUCGGGAAUAUGGAGGGCUGGGCACCCUGCUCCUUUAUCGAUAAACGCAAGAAGCCCAACCUGAGCCGGCGAACCAGCACACUUACCCGCCCUAAAGUUCCACCCCCUGCUCCACCGGUCAAGAAACCAGACUCGGAGGAAUCACCUUCUCUGCCUGGCUCUGCACCCAAAGCUCCAGAAUCUCCUACUCAGCGUGUCUAUGAGGAGCCAGAAUAUGAUGUUCCCGCCAUUGGUUUUGACUCCGAUCUGGACAGUAAUCCUCCAAAACAAAAAAUCAAUAAUUCUCCAAAACCAGAGCCCCGUAAGUUUGAAAUUAAAAGCAACCCAGCAGCUGCCGAAAGAAUUGCACAAGCUGGCAAAGCAUCGCCUUUACUAAAAGUGAUGACCUCCCCCUUGAGGAAAAGAAACUCGUUGGAGAAAUUGGAGGAUGUCAAAAAGGAGGAAGUCAUUUAUGAAAAUGAAGGGUUUAGGUUCUCCUCCAAUGACUUUGCCAGUGGUUGCGAUUCAGAUACCCCAAGGAGUCUCACGCUGGGUCGUAAACCCUUUGGGGCCUCCUCUGGAGGAGGGAAGUCCCUCCGGAAAGUAACGCCGGAUCUAAGCCGGAGUCACUCUCUUGGCCGUGCUGAGAGACACAGCCACAAGUCAUCAUCAGAUGAAUCAGGACGCAAUCCCAAAAGAGAGCCUGUAAUGCGAAAAGAUGUUGAGAUUCGGGUUGGUCAAAGUCCCUUAGCCAGGCCCAAACCAGUGGUGCGACCCAAACCUCUACUUACAAAAUCAGAGCCACAAAGUCCUGAAAGAAUGGACAUCAGCAGCCUACGCCGCCAGCUUCGGCCCACUGGAAGUCUUCGACAAGGCCCCAUCCGUGCAGUACGUGGUGGUGAAGAUUCCGAGACUGCUUCCGUUGUGUCCUCUGAGGAUUCCGUCUCCUCAAGAAGUACCUCCGAUCUCUCCAGUGUCUAUUCCAAAGGUAGCCGAGGAGGGGAAUCCGACCAUGAAAGUGUGCUCUACAGGACCACAGAUGCCUACGAACGGGCCCAAGAUUCAGAGGUCAGCUUCCCAGCUGGUGUGGAGGUUGAGGUACUGGAGAAGCAGGAAAGUGGAUGGUGGUAUGUCCGUUGGGGCGAUGAUGAGGGAUGGGCACCUACUUUCUACUUCGAGCAAGUCAAGCAUACCCAAAACAUGAGUUUACAAGAAUCCCGUGAUGGCCCUCUUGUUGAUCUUGGUAGCGCCAACAAGUCCAACAGCCUUGAGAAAAAUGAGCAGCGUGUUCAGGCCCUUAACAACCUAAACCAGCAGAACCUGAGGAGUAUGAGCAACCCUAGUCCACCAAUCCCAUCCAAGCCACCAGGGGGUUUUAGCAAACCUACCACAAUGCUAAACGGUUCAGAUGUACGGAUGAGGAACGGUGUCCGUCAAGCAGCAGUGCGACCGCAGUCAGUGUUUGUAUCUCAACCACAGCCUCUGAAGGACACCAACAUCCACACAGGGUCUUUGAGAAGAAAUGAAUCACUGGGUGCAGGCGACCACUUGAGGUCCACAGGCGGCGUAAGGCGAAACUCCUCCUUCAAUACUGUUCGACCGCAGGUGGUGACUGAUGUACGGGUCAGGUCUGGGACCACCGUUACAGCACCCGCCGGAAGUUCAAGCCCCUUGAUUACCCAGAGAAACGGAAUACCAAUAUCUACAGUUAGACCCAAGCCCAUCGAGAAGACACACAUCAUUCACAACAACCUUCGAGAGGUUUACGUUUCUAUUGCUGACUACCGUGGCGACGAAGAGACCAUGGGUUUCUCGGAGGGCACUAGUCUUGAAGUUUUGGAGAAGAAUCCAAAUGGAUGGUGGUACUGCCAGGUUCUCGAUGGCUUACAGGGACGUAAAGGCUGGGUACCAUCUAACUACCUGGAGAGAAAAAAGUAAUUGCCCCAAAAUGUUUUAAACAUGCACAAUUGUAAUCAAAAUGUAAAAAGACGAACUGACUGAGGGGCUUUUGGUUUGAAACGAGAGGGACAGAGCCUUUUAGAAAGGAGUUUACAUUAAAACUAGACUAAUGCAGGUGAAUGUUUAGCAAAAUACCUGCCGUAACUUUAUGCCAAAUGGGUGCCUUCGUACAUCUUUCACCGAAUGUUAAGAAGAAUCGGUCAAAUACCAGUGAAGCAACGAAAAUACCAAACUUCAACUUAGUGCCAUAGGCCUACAAGUACAGAAAGCAACAAACUUAUUUUUGUUACAACAAAUACCAGUGAGAAAGACCAUUUCAGCAUAGGUGCAUAGCCAAAAGUGCGAAUUCAAUCUUAAGCACUUGUAAACAAGAAAUUCCUGUUUAAAAAAAUUUUGAACAAAAAAACAAAACAACGUCAAAUGUUCUCUUAGCAUUGAGUGUGCUCAAAGAAACAAAGCAUAAUGUUUUUUAAAAACUGUUCUUUUUUUAUUGUUUUGUGUUGAUGUUGUUGCAUUAUAUCUUCCUUAGAGAUGUAUUUCUGCUUUCUUGUAACAUCCUAACACAUCAAAAGAGUUCACCAAGUCAACCAUCCUGUUGCAGGUUGUUAAUGUUUAUGUCGCUUUCGUCUUCCCCAUUCUUUAAAUAUGCACAGGCCAAAAUGAAUAAAACAUUUUAAAGGAAAAUAGUUUGUGAAAGCUACAUGCAUAGAUCACCUCAUGCCCACUUAAUUAUUGGGUUUAAACCCAAGUUUAGUUUACAAAGUGAAUCUUUUUAAAUUAGGAGGGUAGGCAGCUUGAGAGGACAGGACUUUAGAUAUUGCUGCUCUGUGUGUGCUAAAUCUGUUCAUCCAAGAAAUCAGGACUGGAAAAUCUUUUGUUUUGUUUAACAUUUUAUCCCAGGGAAGUAGUGACAUAACAUUGAGCCCAAAAUGUGACCACACCCCAAAGAAGAUUUACAGACACAUUCGGUAGUUUGUUUUAGAGUUAGUAUUUAUUUUGUGGCUACAAAUAAAUACAGUGUAUUCAGCAAAACCUAAACGAGGUUUCAGAACUGAGAACAAAGUAUAUUUAAUUGUUAUAUCUGGAAGCACUUGAUUUUUUUAACCCAAUGAAAAGCACAUUAAUAUGCAAGGAUAGUUUUUACAUUAACGAUAUUGCUGGGCAGUAUUGAAUCUGAAGUUAGACAAUAAGCAGUUUAAACUACUAUCAUAAUGUUUCAUUUUCAACAAAGAUAUUGAAAUGAAUUCACAAAAUCUUAGUCCAUAGUCCAAUAUCUAAUUCUCUUCUUUAUAGAUGUCUGAGCUCAUGAUUACUUCCUCCUUGUUCAGUCAAAUAAUAUUCACUAACAGCAUCAAACAAUUGAUGUUCAAGACUGCUGAAAUAUUUUUUCUAAUGAAUAGUGUGAGCUCUUAAAUGAGUUUGACACUACUUUGAUUUAGUUUUCUGCUGGACAGUAUUUUAGUGUUAAACAGUUAAAACUUUAAUUACCUGCUUGAUUGCAGUUAUAUUCUAUUAAGCAGAAUUUUUUUAUUUUGCCUUUUUGGUUGUUGUUGUGAUCACACAUGGACAGUAAUGAUGAAUGAAGUUGUUCAUUUUAGUUGUGAAUCAAUGCAUUUUAGCUUUUUCUUGAAUACACUGGUUUAAAGAGGCAGUGUACUUCAUCAGCAUAUAAUUUAUUUUUUGUUGUAUUUAUAAUU